CUCUCACACACACACUCUGUUUUACUCCUCCGUGCAGCACGCGCCACUGUUUCACUAUGGAUUUCCAUUCUGCAGGAGAAGGAAACUUUUUCUUACGGACUGAACCCGCCCCUGUGCAUUUUGGGAUUUGAUGGUGGGCUGUUCGCAGGAAGUCCCUUCACAUCCUGCCUCCUGCAUCACUGCGCUCUGAGGGUUUAUUAGAGCUGCUCUUUACUGCACGCGUGCUUUAAUCCGGUAAACAUGAUGCACCGGCAGCGCGCGGACAACUGCACUCUCACAGCUGCGCUUGUGCACGCGCUCGUGCUGCUGACCGUCACACUCGCCGCUCAGUUACCUAAUGGGCGGCUUUUGAAAAGAGUGGACAUGAAGCUGGAACAUUAUGAGACUAUGGUACCACUGCUGCUAGAUGGAAAUAAACAGCACUCAAUCACCUGGCUUCGCUCUAGGAGUCCGCCAGCUUUGCUGCAGAUAUUGAUAGAGGCAGAAGGCCAGCAGUUGAUCCUCUUGCUGAAGAAGAAUGAGGGUCUUUUCAGCAGCAAUUACAGUGAAACACACUACAGAAAGAAUGGACACACUAUCAUUCAUAACUCUACGGUGAACUGCUAUUAUCAUGGCGAAGUUGAAGGAUACAUUAAUUCAGAGGUCAGCCUCAGCACUUGUUCUGGUCUCAGGGGGUUCAUAUUACUUACAAAUGAGAUGUUCAUGGUGGAGCCUGUGUUUGAGCCAGACAAUGGAACACACAUAGUUUACAGAGGAGAACAGUUAAGCUUCCCUUCUGGAACCUGUGGUCAUGGACACAACAUUUCCACCAUUAACCAAGGAAAUGUCCGGAAACUAUUACAGUCCUUCAACUUCAGGUCUAAAAGAGAUGCACAGAAGACAACUAAAUAUGUGGAGCUCAUUAUUGUGGCGGACAACAGGGAGUAUCAUAAACAAGGAAAGGAUGUAGAGAAGGUGAAGCAGAGGAUGGCCGAGAUUGCAAAUUAUGUGGACAAGUUUUACAGGGUCCUAAAUAUCAGAGUAGCUUUGGUGGGACUGGAGAUUUGGAGUGACUCUGACAAAUGCUCAGUGACACAGGACCCUUUUACCACACUGCACGAGUUUCUAGAUUGGAGAAAACUUAAACUGCUACCUCUCAGACCUCAUGACAAUGCUCAGCUUAUCAGCGGUGUGUAUUUCCAGGGGACAACCAUUGGCAUGGCCCCCAUCAUGAGCAUGUGCACUGCAGAGCAGUCUGGAGGAAUCGUUAUGGACCACUCAGACAAUCCACUCGGGGCAGCUGUGACCUUAGCUCAUGAAUUAGGCCACAACUUUGGAAUGAACCACGACACUCCAGAGCGGGGAUGUGGCUGUGGGAUGACGGUGGACCGUGGAGGCUGUAUCAUGACACCAUCCACAGGCUACCCAUUCCCUACUGUGUUCAGCACAUGCAGCAAGAAAGAUCUUGCAGCCAGUUUGGACAAGGGAGUGGGUAUGUGUCUCUACAACAUUCCAGAGGUCAAAGUAUUGUAUGGGGGACAGAAAUGUGGCAAUGGCUAUGUGGAGGAAGGAGAAGAGUGUGACUGUGGAGAGCCUGAGGAGUGUGUGAACCCAUGCUGCAAUGCAACUACCUGUACUCUCAAAGAAAAUGCUGUUUGCGCACACGGACAGUGCUGCGAGGACUGCAAGUUGAAGCCUGCUGGAACGCCAUGCAGAGAUUCAAGUAACUCAUGUGACCUGCCUGAGUUCUGCACUGGUUCAAGUCCCCACUGCCCAGCCAACGUUUACCUCUAUGAUGGGCAUGCAUGCCAUGCCGUUGAUGGUUACUGUUACAAUGGCAUCUGCCAAACCCAUGAACAGCAGUGCAUUACACUCUGGGGUCCAGGGGCUAAACCUGCCCCUGGUAUCUGCUUUGAAAGAGUAAACUCCGCUGGAGAUCCCUAUGGCAACUGUGGCAAAGAUUCCAAAGGCUCAUUCGCUAAAUGUGAAGCACGGGAUGCUAAAUGUGGUAAAAUUCAAUGCCAGGGUGGUGCCAGUCGACCUGUAAUUGGAACCAAUGCUGUUUCCAUAGAGACCAACAUCCCCCUGCAUGAAGGAGGGCGUAUUUUAUGUCGAGGUACACAUGUAUACCUUGGAGAUGACAUGCCUGACCCAGGACUUGUGCUGACUGGCACCAAAUGUGCUGAAGGCAUGAUGUGCUUGAACAGACAGUGUCAGAAUGUCAGUGUAUUUGGAGUGCAUAAAUGUUCAGGAAAAUGCCAUGGCAGAGGGGUCUGUAAUAAUAAGAAAAACUGCCACUGUGAAGCUCAUUGGGCACCACCGUUCUGCGAGAAGGCUGGAUUUGGUGGCAGCGUGGACAGUGGACCAAUGAGGCUGGCAGAUGUGCGUGUGUGUGUAUUAAUGUGUGUAUUGUCCUAUGUGAUGUCAGCUGAUAGUCGGGCCGUCACCACAGGCGUGCUGGUCACCGUGUUCUGCUUGUUUGCGGCUGGUUUGCUUAUCUGCUUAAAGAGGAAGACUCUGCUCCAGUUGCUCUUUACUAAUAAGAAGAGCACAAUUCAGAAGCUCAGGUUAGUGGGAUGGAGAAGAAAGACCAGUCCAUCACACAUGCAUCCUGUGUACAGAGACUGUCCUCAAAAUAAAUCCCCAUCCAGAACCGCUAAUUGUCAGUUAGAUAAGCCCUGUCAUCUCAGUGUCGAGCCUCUUCUGCCUCCUCCAACAUUUCACCCUCACAGUCUGCGACGGUUUCCUCAUUGCCCUGCUCAAUGCCAACCCCUCCACAUCAGCCACCCCAUUCCUAUUACACUGGGUGUGGGUGUAGCUGCUGGUCUACAGGCUCCACCCCCUGUUCCUCCCCACAGGCCUCUGCCCAGACACACACAGUCUCCUGUGAGAACAUCUCCUUUUUUUACCCUCCCAAGGCAGCCGGUCUUUAUACCCAAUCAAGACCAUGAGAAGCCCAGUCCUCCCCAAAAGCCACUGCCUGCAGACCCCAAAGUCAGAGGUUACAGAUUGGCACAGAGCACUUCAGCAGUUGGAGUGCACACAUCGAGCACUGGUGGUCUUUCUAUUCCAUUCCCAACUUCACCACGCCCUCCACCUACUAUUCCACAGCCAGCGAGGCCAAUGCCAAGGCUGCCACCUCCUCUAUAUGAGCGCUGACACUAGCUCUUGAUAAAAAUCAAUGACGAACUCCACCAGCGGACUGUAAAGUAUAUUAUUUGCACUAUAAAAACUCUAUUGGACUCACUGCACACCC